CGCCUCCCCGUUUGUUUGGAACCUUAUCUGGCGCUCCUUCCUCUGUGUUCUUCUUCGUUGCCUUUACUGCAGCAGGUCCCAUGACAGCAGCUUCUCCACCUCCUCUCACCCCUCCCCAGUUGCCAUUCUCCCCCCGGAGGCCUCCUCCCAGGCCCAUCUCCAAGGAGCUACACUUCAACCAUGACCUCUCAGCCACCAAGAAGCUUCAGGCUGGGGUAGAUUUAGUGGCUAAUUUGGUUGGAGUUACUUUGGGCCCGAAAGGAAGGAAUGUGGUGCUGAGUAACAAAUAUGGCCCUCCCAAGAUUGUUAAUGACGGAGAGACUAUCCUUAAGGAGAUUGAACUAGAAGAUGCAAUGGAGAAUGUUGGUGUUAAAUUGGUAAGACAAGCUGGUGCAAGGACAAAUGAUAUUGCCGGUGAUGGCUGCACUACUUCUAUUGUUCUUGCUCAAGGUUUGAUCUCCGAAGGCAAUAAGGUAUUAGCUGCUGGAAUGAAUCCUGUCCAAAUUGCCAGAGGAAUUGAACAAACUGCUAAAGUUCUUGUUUCUGAACUCAACUUACUGACAAGAGAGGUUCAGGAUGAAGAAAUUGCAAAUGUGGCAGCGGUGAGUGCUGGCAAUGACUAUGCUGUUGGAAAUAUGAUUGCUGAAGCUCUGAGAAGAGUUGGAAGAAAAGGAGUUGUUAGGAUUGAAGAUGGAAGAUGCUCAGAGACCAAUUUGAAAAUUGUUGAAGGAAUGCAGUUUGAUCGUGGUUACUUAUCGCCUUACUUUGUAACUAACCGUGCAGAUAUGACAGUGGAGUUCAAUGACUGCAAAAUACUUUUGGUUGACAAAAAGAUUACUAAUCCGAAGGAUAUGUUCAGAGUGUUGGAUAGUGCGGUCAAAGAGAAAUUUCAACUGUUGAUAAUUGCAGAGGACUUUGAGCCAGAGUCUCUUGCUCUACUUAUUAGAAAUAAGCUCAAAGGUGUUCUGAAGGCAGCUGCUAUCAAAGCUCCUUCUUUUGGAGAUCGAAAAAGUGACUACUUAAAUGAUAUUGCUGCCUUGACUGGAGGUACUGUGAUUAAAGAUGAGAUGGGAUUGACCCUUGAGGAGGCUAGCAAGGAGGUUUUGGGAUCUGCUGCCAAAGUAGUAAUAUCAAAGGACUCGACUUUAAUAGUUACCAAUGGAAGCACUCAGCAUUUGGUGGAAAAGCGGGUUAGCCAGCUUAGAAAUCUUUCAGAGUACUCAGAGGAGAAGUUCCAAAAGAAAAUAUUGAACGAGAGGAUAGCAAGACUCUGUAGUGGUAUUGCAAUUAUUCAGGUUGGCGCACAAACGGUGGUUGAAUUAAAAGACAAAAAGCUGAGAAUUGAAGAUGCUCUAAAUGCGGCAAAGGCAGCUAUUGAGGAAGGUGUUGUAGUUGGUGGUGGCUGCACUUUACUAAGAUUGUCCACAAAGGUUGAUGGCAUCAAGGAGUCUCUCGACAACGAAGAGCAGAAGAUUGGAGCUGACAUCUUUAAACGGGCCUUGAGUUACCCUGCAAAACUGAUAGCAAAAAAUGCCGGAGUAAAUGGCGAUGUUGUCGUCCAAAAGAUAUUGUCGAACGGCGAUGCGAACUAUGGUUAUAAUGCAGCCAAGAACUGUUAUCAGGAUUUGGUUGCUGCUGGAAUUUUAGAUCCAUCCAAGGUGGUCAGAUGCUGUUUGGAGCACGCUGCUUCAGUCGCAAAGGGUUUUCUCACAUCUGACCUGGUUGUUGUUGAUCAAAAACAAACAGAGACUGCCCCGAUGAGAGUUCCGGCGAAAAGGCCACAUCCGAUGUCAAAACCGAUGCGACCACCACCAAUGCCGUCGCCGAAUUUGAUGUGAAUGCCUGGUGCUCGAUCCCUUUCUCAGAUUUGAAACUCCAUUGGCACGUACACUAACAGAAUUUAAGAGUUACUCAGCAGUGUUUUCUCUUAAAGCUAGCCAUUUGAAUAAUCCAAAUUCAAAGUCAACAAAGUUGACUUUUCUAUCUGUGAUGGAAGAAAAGUUUAGAUUGACUUUGGAGUUGUCAAAGAAUGAUUCAAUCUAGAAACCUGGUCAACGAUCACCUAUUAUCAUGAUUCAUAUUCAUAUCUUUGGUUAUUCUUAUCACAUCUAAAUUUAAUUAUACUUAAUAACAAUAUUUAUCUCCUUCCACAAAAAAAGGACAAGGGACCUGGGAGAUUAUCACCUUUUAUUACAAUUAUACUUGAUAACAGCUGAAACUUGUAAAAAUAAUUAAUUCAGCCUAAAAAUAAGUCAAGCCUUAAUAAUAUUCAUCCAACUUAAUUAAUUACAUAUUAAUAAAAAUAUAACUUUUAUCAAAAUUGAUUUAACGAAAAUAAUUUGUUUUAAUAAUAAUUAGAAAUUGGAACCUUCUGGAAUUGGAAAACUACACGUGGCCAUUUCGAGAGUUUCAGUAUAUAAUUUCCUUUUUAUUAUAUAUAUUUAUGAGAUGUUAAAUGAUAGACCAUUUCCUUUCGACGGCAUCUUGCUGCGGUCGGCCUCCUCGGCCUCAGAGUCAGAGAUCCCGUCUCUUUGGAUCUCGCAGCUUGCCGCUUGGCCGGGGAGAUGGAUCUGGUGGAGGGUUUCAGAUCAUCGAGCUGGGAGCAGGAGUCGUACCCGGCGUACGAGGACUUCCUGGCGCUGCCCUUCUUCGUGCUAUUCUUUCCCACCAUCAGAUUCUUCCUCGAUAGGUUCGUCUUGGAGACAUUAGCUGUGCGGCUUAUACCUAAAACAGUGCAUGAUGAAAGAGAGAGGAAACGAAAAGCCAAAAAAUUUAAGGAGUCAGCAUGGAAGUUUCUUUACUUCUGUUCAGGAGAGCUUCUGGCCAUUUAUGUUACAUACAAUGAACCAUGGUUCACAAAUACCAAAUACUUUUGGGUCGGACCAGGAGAUCAGGUUUGGCCUGAUCAAAAAAUAAAAUUAAAACUUAAGGCCGUGUACAUGUAUGCUGCUGGGUUCUACACAUAUUCUAUUUUUGCUCUCAUAUUUUGGGAAACAAGAAGAUCUGACUUUGGCGUUUCAAUGUCUCAUCAUGUAGCAACUGCAGUUCUGAUUGUGCUCUCUUAUAUAUUCAGGUUGGUUUUUACACUCCAUUUUAUAUUGUUUUCUUUUGCCAUCAUACAUACUUACAUGCAGAUAUAUUAGAAGCAGGUGAAUAAUCUGGGUUUAUGGUUUUAUCGAGAAUGGUCGUCAUAUAGGAGAUAAAAACGUGUUAGAGUAUAUGGUCUAUGCUCUUCAUAUAAACUAUUUGUGAUAUGCUGAAAAUUCCUAUUCAGGAUAUUAAAGAAUUGAUUGGCUACUCUAAUAGUAGUUUCUAUCUAAACUGCCAAAAUUUGAACAUCACAUGUUCCACAUACUAAGAAGUAAAAUUCUACAGGGGAUAUUUAAUUUUUUUGUUUUUUUAAAAAGAUUGAUUAAUUUAUGUUUAUAACUUUCUUUUCUUCCUAAUGCAAAAUAGAACCAUGGUUUGAAAUCUUUAUAUAUUAGUUUGCCCUGUCAUACAUAGUGAUUAACAGAAUGCAAAUCAUAUCCAGGUCUAAAAUAACAAAAACAUGUAGUCUGUAUGUAAAAGGCUUCAUUUUACUCUAAAUAGUCCAAUCACCACUUUUGUUCCUAUAGCAUUCCCUUUUUAAUGCCUUUCUUCCUUUCUCUUUUUUUGAUUCUUUGCAUUUAAUUAAAAAAAGUAAAUAUAAAUCAAAUUGGCCAUCUUUUUAUCUAUCUAUUGCUAAAAGAUAUUUAGUUGACUUAGACUAAUAAACUUGCUUGAUGUGGGUAAAUCAAUCAAAGAUUAGUAGCAACAUGCAACUACAUAUCCAUAUGUGAGUUUGUACAAUGUGAUGAUGCUCUGAACAUUCAUAUUUAAUCAUAUAUAUGAUCACAUGAAAUGCUUUUCCAAAGCUGAGAGUGUGCGUGCUUGUAUUAGAUCACAUUGUAUUAUGAGAUGAUGCUAGUACUUCUGUUUCAUUCCUUCCAAUACUCAAUGAAGAGUACCGAAUAAAAAGGUUAUGUAUAUGAAAUUGCUGAUGGGUAUAGGUCUAUAGGAUUUUAUACUCACUAGCUGGAAACCUUUUGUGCAAUUCUUCUAAAUGUAAGACUUAAGUAGGUAUAGAAUAAUAAAAAGCUAUGAACCCUAAUAUCUAGUGUUAAUUAAGUGGAUCUUACCACCCCCUUGAAUGUAAGUAAGAUCCAUCAUGAAGCUAUUGUCAUAGUUUUAUGCUAGUUAUGGCGAUCAAACCAACCUCCCACUUGAAUGUAAGUAUGAUUUUAGUUGCUGUGCAUUGCCUUUUUUAUAGGUUGAUCAGUCUUUGUUCUACUAAUAAAGAAUUUCCCCAUAGAAAUUAAAUGGAUAUUGCAAGAAGGUUUGGGAGUACAAGGUAGCAAAAGUCUGUAGAAACUCCUGAGGCUAGAUUACUACUUCACAAAGUUGAGUAUAUGGUAGAAACGUUAUGUAGUUUUAUUUAUGUUCUGUAACCAAACUCUGAUAACUAAUUGUCUUGAAAUGAUAAUGUUUCUAAAACUAAUAUUAACUGUUAAGCAAGUCUUUUGACUGCUUCUUUAAGAUUAUGAUUCUUUAUUAAUUUUCUCUUUGUAUUGGAGCAGAUUUGCUCGGGUUGGUUCAAUUGUUUUGGCCCUACAUGAUGCAAGUGAUGUGUUUUUGGAGGUGGGAAAGAUGUCCAAGUAUACUGGAACAGAAUGGCUUGCUAAUAUUUCUUUUCUUAUGUUUGUUGCAUCAUGGGUUAUACUUCGUCUUACAUACUUUCCAUUCUGGAUCCUCCGAAGCACAAGCUAUGAAGUCGUCCUGACCUUGGACAAGGCAAAGCACAAAUUUGAAGGACCCAUAUAUUAUUAUGUAUUCAACACUCUGCUCUUCUCGCUGCUUGUUCUUCACAUAUAUUGGUGGGUUUUAAUGUACCGAAUGCUUGUAAAACAAAUCCAGGCUAGAGGUCAAGUUGGUGAUGACGUCCGAUCAGAUUCAGAAGGGGAAGAGGAACAUGAAGAUUGAUCGGUGAUAUCUUCUGGCUAGUGUUUACAAGAUUCUGUGGCAUUCUUUUUGCAUAUCGAUUUCUACCUCGCACUAUUGUGCCAGCGACAAUUUAUAUAGUUGGCUUGCAAUUUGCAAAUUCCAGAGAAAGAUCAGCCAUUUCUCUAUUUUCAGGUUAAUUUCCAAUUAAGCUUCACUAAAUGGAAAGAAAAAAAAUGAACAUCUUCAGCGUACUUCAGCUUUAGUUUGGUGAGUAGUUGCUAUUCGACUAGAAGGAAUCCUUGUCGAUUGUGUCUGCAAACGGUGGAGGCUUACUGCGAUUCUGUGUUGCUUAUAGAUGGCCAUGUGCUUCAUUGCAACAGUCUUUUUUUCCCUUUUAAUUUUAACUAGAGCUAGUAGUUCAUGUUCUAUUAUCUGGCUUUUUUAAAAAAAUUUGGUGACAACAAUUUUACUCUUUCUCAUUUUAUUUUGUUUUUUAAACUAGAAUCCAAUUUAGCAAA